AUGACUAACGCCUUGGUUUACUUGCAGCAGCGAAUCACCAUUGAGCCGGGCACAUCUUAUAGGCUUCAAGGGCUGAAACCAAACAGCCUGUACUACUUCCGUCUGUCUGCACGCUCUCCUCAAGGCCUGGGUGCUUCUACAGCUGAAAUAUCAGCUAGAACCAUGCAAUCAAAGCCAUCAGCUCCUCCUCAAGAUAUUAGUUGCACCAGCCCAAGUUCCACUAGUAUUUUGGUAAGUUGGCAACCUCCACCAGUGGAAAAACAGAAUGGCAUUAUCACUGAAUACUCCCUCAAGUAUGCUGCAGUGGAUGGGGAAGACUACAAGCCUCAUGAGAUUUUGGGAAUUCCUUCGGAUACUACCAAAUACCUUUUGGAACAGCUGGAAAAAUGGACUGAAUACCGGAUCACUGUGACUGCCCACACAGAUGUCGGCCCUGGCCCUGAGAGCUUGUCCGUGUUGAUUCGAACCGAUGAAGAUGUUCCAAGUGGUCCUCCUCGCAAAGUCGAGGUGGAGGCUGUCAACGCCACAGCUGUUAAAGUCUCGUGGCGCUCACCUGUGCCCAAUAAACAGCAUGGCCAGAUAAGAGGAUAUCAGGUGCACUACGUGAAAAUGGAAAAUGGCGAGCCCAAGGGCCAGCCCAUGCUGAAGGAUGUCAUGCUGGCUGACGCACAGUGGGAAAUUGAUGAUACUACUGAACAUGACAUGAUCAUCUCUGGGCUGCAGCCUGAAACUUCAUAUUCCCUGACCGUCACAGCUUACACUACCAAAGGAGAUGGCGCUCGAAGCAAGCCCAAGCUAGUGUCCACCACUGGGGCAGUUCCAGGGAAACCCAGACUUGUGAUAAACCACACCCAAAUGAAUACUGCUCUCAUUCAAUGGCAUCCCCCUGUGGACACAUUUGGACCCCUUCAGGGCUACCGACUAAAGUUUGGCCGGAAAGACAUGGAGCCACUCACUACUUUGGAGUUCUCUGACAAAGAAGAUCACUUCACAGCCACAGACAUCCACAAGGGUGCAUCAUAUGUGUUUAGACUCUCAGCCAGAAACAAAGUGGGCUUCGGGGAGGAAAUGGUGAAAGAAAUUUCUGUGCCAGAAGAAAUACCAACUGGAUUCCCUCAAAACCUCCACUCAGAAGGCACCACUUCAACCUCUGUUCAGUUAUCAUGGCAACCACCUGUCCUAGCAGAGAGAAAUGGCGUUAUCACCAAGUAUACCCUCCUGUAUAGGGAUAUCAACGCUCCCCUACUUCCAAUGGAGCACCUUAUUGUUCCAGCUGACACUUCUAUGACACUCACUGGCUUAAAAUCAGAUACUACAUAUGAUGUAAAAGUACGUGCUCACACGAGCAAAGGGCCCGGGCCAUAUAGUCCCAGUGUCCAGUUCAGGACACUGCCUGUGGAUCAAGCAGUGUUUGCAAAAAAUUUUCAUGUCAAAGCAGUUAUGAAGACGUCAGUGCUGCUGUCCUGGGAGAUUCCAGAGAAUUAUAAUUCUGCUAUGCCUUUCAAAAUUCUUUAUGAUGAUGGGAAAAUGGUGGAAGAAGUGGAUGGCAGAGCUACCCAGAAGCUGAUUGUUAACCUGAAGCCUGAGAAGUCAUAUUCCUUUGUGUUAACCAAUCGUGGGAACAGUGCUGGUGGAUUGCAGCAUAGGGUGACAGCAAAGACUGCCCCAGAUGUGCUCCGCACCAAGCCUGCCUUCAUUGGGAAGACAAACUUGGAUGGCAUGAUUACUGUGCAACUACCUGAUGUUCCUGCAAAUGAAAACAUAAAGGGUUACUACAUUAUAAUUGUGCCUUUGAAGAAGUCUCGUGGGAAAUUCAUCAAGCCCUGGGAGAGCCCUGAUGAAAUGGAGUUAGAUGAGCUGCUUAAGGAGAUAUCUAGAAAACGCAGAAGCAUCCGUUAUGGAAGAGAAGUUGAAUUAAAGCCAUAUAUUGCUGCUCACUUUGAUGUCCUUCCCACUGAGUUCACCCUGGGGGAUGACAAACAUUAUGGUGGAUUUACGAACAAACAACUCCAAAGUGGACAAGAAUAUGUCUUCUUUGUGUUAGCAGUGAUGGACCAUGCAGAGUCUAAGAUGUAUGCAACCAGCCCAUACUCCGACCCUGUUGUGUCAAUGGAUCUGGAUCCACAGCCAAUUACAGAUGAAGAGGAAGGCUUGAUAUGGGUCGUAGGUCCUGUUCUUGCGGUGGUGUUUAUCAUCUGUAUUGUGAUUGCUAUUCUUCUUUAUAAAAGGAAAAGGGCAGAGUCAGAGUCCAGAAAGAGCAGUUUACCAAACAGUAAGGAGGUCCCUUCACACCACCCAACAGACCCAGUAGAGCUGAGGCGCCUUAACUUUCAAACACCAGGUAUGGCUAGCCAUCCUCCAAUACCUAUCUUGGAACUUGCAGAUCAUAUUGAGAGGUUGAAAGCAAAUGAUAACCUGAAGUUUUCCCAGGAAUAUGAGUCAAUUGACCCUGGCCAGCAGUUCACUUGGGAACACUCAAACUUGGAAGUAAACAAACCAAAGAACAGAUAUGCAAAUGUCAUUGCAUACGAUCACUCUCGGGUUCUCUUAUCAGCAAUAGAAGGAAUCCCAGGAAGUGACUAUGUGAAUGCCAACUACAUAGAUGGCUAUAGGAAACAAAAUGCCUAUAUUGCGACGCAGGGGUCUCUUCCUGAAACGUUUGGGGACUUUUGGAGAAUGAUAUGGGAGCAACGAAGUGCCACAGUUGUCAUGAUGACAAAGCUAGAAGAAAGGUCGAGGGUAAAGUGUGACCAGUAUUGGCCCAGCAGAGGCACAGAAACUCAUGGCCUGGUCCAGGUGACGCUGCUGGAUACUGUGGAGCUUGCCACAUACUGUGUCCGGACAUUUGCACUUUAUAAGAAUGGUUCGAGUGAGAAGAGAGAAGUAAGACAGUUCCAGUUCACCGCCUGGCCUGAUCAUGGUGUUCCAGAGCACCCCACACCUUUCCUAGCUUUCUUACGAAGAGUCAAAACCUGCAAUCCUCCUGAUGCAGGGCCAAUGGUUGUACACUGCAGUGCGGGUGUUGGCAGAACUGGCUGUUUCAUUGUAAUAGAUGCCAUGUUAGAAAGAAUAAAGCAUGAAAAAACUGUAGAUAUUUAUGGCCAUGUAACUUUAAUGAGAGCCCAGAGGAAUUACAUGGUGCAAACAGAAGACCAGUACAUCUUUAUACACGAUGCACUGUUAGAAGCAGUGACAUGUGGAAAUACCGAAGUGCCGGCUAGGAACUUAUAUGCCUAUAUUCAGAAGCUGACACAAAUAGAAACAGGGGAGAAUGUCACCGGAAUGGAGCUCGAAUUUAAGCGUCUAGCAAGCUCAAAAGCUCACACCUCAAGAUUCAUCAGUGCCAAUCUUCCAUGUAAUAAAUUUAAAAACCGCCUUGUUAAUAUUAUGCCAUAUGAGUCCACAAGGGUGUGCCUGCAGCCUAUCCGAGGAGUUGAAGGCUCUGAUUACAUCAAUGCCAGUUUCCUUGAUGGAUAUAGACAACAGAAAGCCUACAUUGCUACCCAGGGGCCCUUAGCAGAGACGACUGAAGACUUUUGGCGAAUGCUUUGGGAACACAAUUCCACCAUUGUUGUGAUGCUCACCAAGCUGAGAGAAAUGGGCAGAGAGAAAUGUCACCAGUACUGGCCAGCCGAACGAUCUGCAAGAUACCAGUAUUUUGUUGUAGAUCCCAUGGCUGAAUACAACAUGCCACAGUAUAUCCUGAGAGAAUUCAAGGUCACGGAUGCCAGGGACGGCCAGUCCCGAACAGUGAGGCAGUUCCAGUUCACUGACUGGCCAGAACAAGGAGUGCCAAAGUCUGGAGAAGGAUUUAUUGACUUCAUCGGCCAAGUCCAUAAAACAAAGGAACAGUUUGGCCAAGAUGGGCCCAUUUCAGUGCAUUGCAGUGCGGGCGUUGGAAGAACUGGAGUCUUCAUAACAUUGAGUAUUGUGUUGGAAAGAAUGAGAUAUGAAGGGGUUGUAGAUAUCUUCCAGACAGUCAAAAUGUUAAGAACACAACGACCAGCCAUGGUACAAACAGAGGAUCAAUACCAGUUCUGCUAUCGAGCCGCACUAGAAUACCUGGGCAGCUUUGAUCACUAUGCAACGUAGAAACCCCUGACCCCUUCUGGAUUUUUACUACAGGCCCUUCGCUAUCCAUGGAGUCUCUUCUGAGCCAUAUGGGGCACUUGAGAAGUCCUUCUUAACUUCUAGCUAACAGCCACUUAGUGGGACUAUUACAAAACAAAAAAACAAACUCUUCCAAGUGGACCAAGAAUUUACAGUUUAAUCAUCUAACCUGAAAAAUAAUAACAAGAAUCCUGACUUAGGAGGCAUCUGAAGGAUUUUACUUAUAGAUACCUCAAGGAUUCAAAAUAAAGGGAAGAAGAAAUGACAGCAAAGAACUACCAUUUUGUUCAGGAUCGCUGGAUAGGGACAGAGAGAGCUUGCCUGUGGGCCUGAGUUCAGCACAAGGCAUUUGCUGGUGAGGCUUCUCACAUAAGGUGGACUCUGCUUCAACAUUGCCACUUUCCCCAUGCCACUCAUACUUACAUUUUAGGGGUAAGGGUGGGGAUGUUUAAAAAAGAAAGUUCUUGAUUUCAUUUUAGUGUUGUAAAGAUUCUGCUGACCUGUGCUUUAUUUCUAACUGUGUAAACUUUUUUUUAAAAAAAAAAUGUAUCAUUCUAUAAAGUAAAUUUAAAACAUUAUGUAAUUCUUCAUUUUUUUUUUAAUUUCUAAACUCUAGGUUUUUUUAAGCUGUAGAAUGAAUGGAUACCUGUAAUAUCUUGCUGUAGAAAUAUCGAAUAAUUUUAAACUUUGCACAUUUUUGUGCAAAAUUCAAUCUACAGUACCUAUCUCAACAGCUAUUAUUCACACAUCUGUUUUGUAUAACUGAUGAGAAAGUGCCCAUUCUUUGCAAGCUUCAAGGGGAAUUUUGUUUUGCUUCGUUUUCUUUUCGGAAUCAACAGGGAGGCGCAAAGUAUAAAGUUAUUGCUAACAUAUAUAUACAUAGAUAUCUAUAUUUUAAGGGUAUCUAUGUAUAUAUAGACAGUAUGUCCACACAAAGAUUUAACUGCCAUUCAGUUCUUCCAUGGUUUAGGUUUCUCGUUUUUGUUUUUCAGUAUAGAAAGUGAUUGUAAACAUCUUUUCCAAAUUACUUUUAAUAUUGCAAAACUUUAAUUUGUAAAGGGAAUUGAGGAGUGCAAAUCAUUGGUUAUUGAGCCUCGUCCCUAACUUUCCAGCUUUGUAUUCCCCCAUCUACCCAACCAUAUCCACGAAUACUGUUCUGUUAGCCAGGCUUCCAACAAAAUUCAAUAUUUCUAACACUCUAGUGCAAUAACAAUUGUUAAAUAUCUAAGAGGUGUGCAUGUGGGAAAGGUCAGUGCAUAUCCCUUUAGGAGGGAAGAAUGUUGUAAUAUAUCAGCUAUCAAGUUGUUUUUUUAAAAAAAAUAGUAUAUUCAAUCAUAUAUUGUCUAUAGUAUGUGCUAUGAAAUUUGCAUUUAUGAUAUGUAACAGGGGCAAAGCCAAACUCAUGUUACUCUUUUCAGUCAGAAACAUGUUGUGGCUGCGGCGUUCCUGGGAGGCGCUGUGCUGUUUCAUUCGGUUUUAGUUCUGCAUUUAGAGUGCCUUAUAAUUGAUGCCUAUUUUAAUAGCAUUUCUUUUUACCUUUCGGUUCUGAUUUCCAUUAGGUGUUCACAUCUGUUUCUCUUUCAAUUAAAACAUUAUCUGUCCACUACAUGUAUAUAAACUCUUUGAAUAAUAUGCAUUCCUAGUUUUCAGCCAAGUGGGGGAUGUUAGUGACUGUACCAGCCCAAAGCACUUGGAUAAUCAGAGCCUCUCCUUUCCUCAUUGUCACAUCAGAAAGAGCAACUUGUUUCACUUCGAAUUCCUUCCACAUCUACUCUGGAGCAUGCAGUAACCACCAGUCUUAUUUAUAGAAACAACUUCAGGAUAUAUUUGAUAUUCCAUUAGGAUUUUUCUGAAAGGGGCAAUAAAUUAUAUAUAUGUAUGUAUCUCCCCAAACAUUUCCAUAGGAAGCCAUGGAUGAUGGCAUAAGUUUGCCACAUGCUAUAUGAUUUUAAAAUAACUUCCACAAAUAUUAAGAACUCUUAAAGAGUUUUGAUACAGGUAUAAUAUUUUGGUUUAAUUUUAGCUUCAUGUUGUUCUGCAUGGAAGGGUAUUUGUUUUCACAUUUUCCCAUCACUAGCAGAGUAAAAUCCUAGAGCCCAAACACUUGCAAGUAUCAUAUUUGAGCAUUUUUUAAAAAAACAAAAAACAAAAGUUAAAAAAAAUGAACAAAAACAAAAAAGAAAAAAUAGAAAUAUAUAUAAUACUAAAAAAAAAAAGAAACUAGAAGGCUACCUCAGAAUGAGACUCUCUAAUCUACAUCAGAACCAGAUAGUAUGUGCACUGUGUGAGUCUAUUGUUUUCUUUUCACCUGUACCAGUGAAGGUUUAUCCAAGUGCCAGGUUGCUCAGUGCUGUAAUUUUGUUUUAGUGAAACAAGGGAGGUCAGAUAGGUUAUUGUGUCAUCUAGACAUGCCAUUUUGGACAUGUGGGAUCUAAUGGAAUAUCACACAGCAGAAUGACUGGCCAUUGAGCAGUUUCUCUCUCUACAACAAAAGCUGCCUGUAUGGCAGAAAGAGAAACAAUAGUAAUCACCAAAAGCAACGAAUGGGAUGUGUCCUGUAGGAGGAUGAGGUGGGCAUUACUCCAGAAUCAGGAGCUGUUCCUAGAACUAACUCCCCACUGUCACUGAUGUGCAUUCCACUCUGUACUUUGCUCUAUGACCAUUCAAGUUUAAUUUCCCAGGCAGACAUCAGUAUCUACCAUUACCAUAAACAUCCGAUUUUCCAGUUAUUUUCAUCAUCAUAACCAGUACGGUGCUAUUAUUUACCUAUGUAUGUGUAGUUAUGUAUAAUUUUGUAAUUAGUUACAAUGGUAAAAUAUCAAAUAUAUAAAAGUGAUUUGUACAGAACUUUAUUUUAGCUCUUUUUUAAAAAUGGUUUGCAUGGUUAGACAAGGCAAGGACAGCCAGGGGAGGGAAGGGCCUCUAGGGAACUUUGCACUUUCUAUACCUUUGUACUAUGCACUGCCCUAUUGAUUCUACACCCAAUAAUGUUAUUACUUGAACCCAUCUGUAAGGUACUGCUUCAGAAGUUCAUUUAUGUGUCUGUGGAUAACACAUCACAACAGGAAAGGAAAAAAUUCAUAGUAGCACAUAUAGUUUUUUUCUUUCCUGCUGCGUUUUGGGUUAGCUUUGUUUCAGUCUUUCUUGUCAUUUUAAAAUCCCCUUCCCAUUUUUUUUUCUCUUUUGGUUUUGAUUUCCAUUGGGUAUAUGGGUGCCCUGAUACUCCAGCAGAGGUCAGAAGGCUACAGAUCCAUCCUAUCCAUCUGUUACAUGGCUUUGCCAUACAAGCUUGGAGUGUCUUUACAAAGAUAACAGUUGUGUUCUUUGCUCUCGUUUUGGAUGCAUAGACUGAAAAUUCAAAAAAAAUAACUUGUAAAAUGGCUUGUUAAAAAAAAUACAAUUACCUCUAAUUAGUAGUACGCGUAAGUGUUUUACAGAAUGAAAGGCGUGCUUUUUAUUUUCUUACUUCGUUACAUUGGUGGCGAAAGAAGUCUGUAUGAAAAUCAGUUCUUUGCUGACACAGGUUCCAUUUGUUACAAAUGAAUUCUAAUAAAAAUGUCAGUGUUAUGCA